AUGGGCAUCGUUUUUAGUGGAUUGUGGAAUCGACUUUUUUCAAAAACUGAAGUCAAGAUUAUCAUUGUCGGUCUGGACAAUGCCGGAAAGACAACAAUUCUUUACAAAUUAUUAAUGAAUCAGGUUGUUACAACAACCCCUACGAUUGGAAGCAAUGUCGAAGAAGUAGAAUAUAAAAACAUAAAGUUUUUAAUGUGGGAUAUUGGAGGUCAAGAAUCGCUCCGAGCUUCCUGGAAAACAUAUUAUAUAAAUACAAAAGCUGUUAUUAUGGUAAUCGAUAGUACAGAUGCUAACCGACUCCCGGUUGCUAAGCAUGAAUUACAUCAAAUGAUGGAAAGUGAGCAACUACAAAACGCAAGUCUAUUGGUUUUUGCCAACAAACAGGAUGUAAAAGGUGCCCUGAGUGCUUCCCAAAUAUCAGAGGCCCUGGGGUUGACCCAUCUUAAAGACCGACAAUGGCAUAUCCAGGCAUGUUCCGCACUUUCUGGUGAUGGGUUAUUCGAAGGCCUGGAUUGGGUUGUUCUACAGAUUGCGAAUUAA